AUGCAGGUCCUCUCUGUUGUUCUCCUCGCCGCCUCGGCCAGUGCUGCUGCUCUUAAGGCUCGCACAGAGGGCUGGAACGACUGGCAAGGUGCUUCCACCGUCACUGUAACCUAUACACUUGCCCCUCAGGUUCAAUACAGCACUAUUACUGUUCCCACCACCGUCGAAAAGCCCGUCACCGUCCCAACAACGAUCACAGUGCCCACAACUGUCGUUGUACCGACUACAAAAGUCGUACCAACUACCGUCGUGGUUCCUACAACAAUCGAGAAGCCUAUCACAGUGCCAGUGCCAACAACAAUCACAGUGCCCACCACAGUGGUUGUGCCAACUACUAAAGUCGUGCCAACCACUGUCGUCGUCCCCACAACGGUGGUGGUUCCAACUACAGUGGUUGUGCCAACUACCGUGGUUGUACCAACUACGAAAGUCGUCCCAACCACUGUUGUGGUUCCUACAACCAUUCCUACAACAAUCACAGUGCCUACGACCGUAGUUGUCCCAACUACAAAGGUUGUGCCCACCACUGUUGUGGUUCCCACGACCGUUCAAUUGCCCGCCUCCACCAUUACUAGCGUGGUCACAGCCGCCCCUCUGAAGGAAUACGUCACUGUCACCGUCACCGUUUCUGCCUCAGGCUGGGCUGAUUGGCAUUAA